GCAUGGUAAAAAAAAACAUGUGCGGAAAAUUUCUCUUCUUUAGUGGUUUUUCUGAUAUGCCCUGCCCUGACUCUUGGAUUUGUCACUGAUAAUUCACGAAGUUGUCAAAGAAAAUGUCAUAUCAGAAAAACCAUUGAAGAAGAGAAAUUUUCCACACACGUUUUUUUUAUCGCACCUAUAUGAAUAUUCAAAUCGAUAUAUGUAGACAAACGUUGAGGUAAACUAUAAACAUAUUUUGAUUUUUUUAUGGGAUACCUAUGUACUUCCUUAGUCAGCCAAUACUGGACAUGUUUAAACAGAACACCCAUCACCAAAUGAAGAUUUUCGAAAUCAGCAUUUUAUUGGCUUUCUUCACUAAACAUUUCGUAAAGUUACACCUAAAAUUCGUUGCGCCAUGUUCAAUAGACUAAAACGCACGUUCAUCAUAUGAAGUAACCUUAAAUAUUAUUAAAAUAAUGGCAAACUUUAAUCAAUUAACCAUUAAGGUCCAUACAGACCGAACGCGAUUCGACAACGCGACGCGAAUUUUCAGUUUUGCAUUGAAAAUUGAAAAUUCGCGUCGCGUUGCCAAAUCGCGUACGGUCUGUAUGAACCUUUAAGCUGCAAUGCGUCCAAAUGAACUCGUCAAGGAGAGAGACUUGCGCAUCAAUGAGUUAACAACCACCUUUUACAAUUUAUUUAUACUUUUAGCACUUAUUCUGUACGUACUUUCCUCGCAGUUUGUUCCUUCAUAACCAGGUUUACAUCUACAUUGAUAUGAAUUUACUCCAUCAAUACAUUCUCCAUUUACACAUGGACGGCCAACACAAUCAUCUAAAAAUUUGAUUAUUAACUUGUGGAGUAUUACGCAUCAUUUAAGUGCUCAACAAUUUUACUUUGUUCCAACUUCCAACAUUCCAGAUGGUUGAUUCAAGUUGAUCUAUAAUCACUUAGCCGUACACUUCCGCGAGAAAUGUAGAAGUGAAAAAUGCCGUCAUCAGAGAAAGACUUCAUUGAAGUCCACUUUGGUUAAAUUUUGUAGUUUUGUGUCUAACCCAUGGUAUAUAUCUGGUGAACUCAAUUUCAAAGUGGGACUAAUCAGUAUACCUGGAGUUUGAAACUUUGAAUGUUUAAUUAAUUAAUUAAGUACGUUUUGUUUCAGCAUGUGUUUAACCGAAAUUAAGGUGGCUCAAUACAGUUUUUUAAAGAAUGGAAAAUUCACGAUUUAGAUGCGUAUUUUUGGACAAUUAUUACUUGUUGAUAAACAAAAAGUAUACCUUACUUAUAUAAAACAACAUCUAAAAAGUUUGAAUAUUUGCACAAAAGUUACGCAACUGUAGUUGCUAUGGCAACAAUGACGUUUCAAGAUGGCCGCGGAUAAUUUGGCUUUAAAGUAAUUUAAAUCGUAAACGACAUCGGUGACCCCCAAAUCUUAUUUCUCUUAGUAUAAUCAAUUAUUUUGACAAUUUAAAUUUAAAUUAGGUAAAGGUGAUUAUUCAUAAUAUUUUUUUUGGCUCCACAGAAUUUUUUCAAAUUGUCAAAAUAAUUGAUUAUACUAAGAGGAAUCAUUUUUUGAAAUAAAAUGUGGGGGUCACCGAAUAAUUGUCCAAAAAUACGCAUCUAAAUCGUCAAUUUUCCAUUUUUUUAAAAAAACUGUAUUGAGCCACCUUAAAAUAAACACAUUUUAGGCAUAAAGUCAUGGAGAAAGCAACAUAGGAGUAUAUUUUGAUAACAUAGGCAUCAUAUAAAACCAAAAAAGUUUUUUUAAUUUUUUCAAAAAUCUGAGAAAAAUUUGAGGGGCAUUCCACCUUAACCGAAAGUAAUAAUAUAGUGAAAUAAAGUAUAGUAAACUGCCGUACAGUAAUUAUAUUUACCAAUCAACGUUUCACAAUUAUUCCCUUCAUAAUCCGAAUCACAGCUACAUAAAUACGAAUCACCAUCAGGAAUGCACUCGCCAUGUUUGCAUGGUAACUCCUGCUCACAUAUGUUAUUUUCUGUUUCCUCUGAAAUCAAAUUUUCAAUUAACGUAGUUCUAAUUUAGCAUGAUUGAUCGCUUUAGAAAUGAAUAUUAAUUAUAGGAAUAUGAAUAUUGAUAAUAUAUUUGAAACAAAAAUUGGAAUGUUUUGAGGAAUUCUUAAGGUAGGAAUAUGAAUUUUAGAGGUAUGAAUAUUUAAUAUUUAACGAAAAUAUUCCUCUUCAUUCCCGAAUGCAUGUCAACCAUGUAAUUCACGCAAAUGACAUUUUACAUUGACAGUUUUAUAUCUUUAGUAUAAUUAUAUUGAGCCGCUAUAUGGUCGCUCAUGCGCAAAAUAUCAAUCUUUUUACGUACUGGCUAGACACGUUACACACACGUUACACCACACGUUACAUAAUAAUCUGUAGUAAAACAUAUAGAGAUAGAUAUGACACGUUACACACGUCACACCCAUUAUUUUUAAAAAGAGAUAUAUAGUAAUUAUUUUAUAUAAAAUUGGGUAUAACGUGUCAUAUUUAUAUAUAUUUUACUAUAGAUUUUUAUGUAAAGAGGGUGUAACGUGUGUGUAACGUGUCAGCGUUUGCUUAAUCAAGCCAAGUGCAUAUAAUUUACAUGAACUAAUCACUUUAGAUUAGUUGGUGAACAUCCCACAAGCAUGCACAACAGCAUAUACUGCAAUAUAAAUGACAAAGCUUUCUUAUUUGUCAUCAUAUGGCUAAGCUGAGGGACUGAUGCGACAGAUUGUUAGACAUAAUUAUUCCUAGAUCUUUGAAAUUUUUCGUAACUUUGAGUGGUUUUCCAAAGAGGUUGUACGUAAGUACUGAGAAAUCUCGGUGGUUGGAUUAUUCUCAUUACCUCAUUCUUGUGAAGGUGGAGGAGAGGUAAUAGGGGGGGGGAGGCUUAAGAGAAGGUAUAUAUUAGAGGGAGAGGGGCGUACGUAAGAAGGGGUUUAAAUACAGGAUUUAGCAGCAAAAGUUAUGGGUUUAUAAAUGUUUAUGAUCAUACCAUGGAUAGUUCGGAAAUAAUUUUUAUGAUCCAUGAUCAUACCUGGGGCAAUUUCAUAAAUGUAAUUAUAAUAAUCAGGCCCAACGCAUUCUGUCUCCACACUGUCAUCACAUUCGUCAUAGUUUGGCUUGACUCCCCAACAUCCCUUGACAGAAGGUCGUUUGAAAAAUUCUGGUUUUAGUUCUCCUGCCCAACAUUCCCUAAAGUUUUGCACGCCAAAGAAACGGUAGCCACCAUCUUGUGCCUUGUUUGCGCAACUGCAAAAUGACAAAACAAAAAGUCCAGAUAACUUAAUUAAAUAACAUUUUCGCUGUUAUUCUUCUGUCCAAAACGAAUUUAUUGUAUCUGGGCGAAUUUUUAGGUGAACCUUUUCCCAUAACAGAUGCAUACGAGCAGUUUUGGGAACAAUAAUAAUAAUAAACUUUAUUUUGGUAAAUAUACAUUUUUACCUGAGAAGGUAUUCUACCAAAUGGCCCUCUAUUUCUAUAAUCAUCUACAAUCCAUUAUUUGUCUUUUAAUUGUUUUAAAAACCCAUUGUUCUCCUUGCCACCGUAGUCACUAUAUAAUGUGUCACUGUCAGUUCUUCUUUCGGAAUGGUUAACUAUUAAGCUUCAUGUACACACUGAAAUCUGGUAUACAGCUAAUUCAACCAAAAUUGUCCUUCCAAAAACUUAAACCGUAAACUCUGAGCGCGCAAGGGAUGAUGGGUUAUUGCUUAUUUAGACUCAUAAACUUUGAAAUUUGGCUUUGCAAUCAUACCUAAGACAUAUAGAAGACUCAUGGCAGAAAACAUACUUGCUGCAAAGGCAAUUUUCUGAGUUUAAGGGCCUAAUGGGUGAAAACCCAUCAUCCCUUGCGCGCUCAGAGUUUAAGGUUUAAGGUUACAGAACACCUUUGAGUGUUAAUUGUGCCCAAAAUGUUUUUAUUGGUUUCCAUGAAAGCAUUAGACUAGUUCUACUAUAUGACCAAGUUUGAACGAAAAAUGUUGAAAACUCGCAGAGUUAAUUAAUUUAAUAAAAUACAUUUCGCUGCAAUAAGAAAAACAUUGAAAAUGUAAUAUUCAAAUUCAAUUUUCUCCCGAAGAAUUUUACGGCAAUUACUGAUUUUUAAACGAGUUGUGCUCCUCAAAUUUUCACAGGACAUAGCUACAGACGUCAGUUUCAAACUUGUGUUCGGCUUUUUUUUAAUUUUGGAUAUUUUAAUAAUAAAGAGCAAUUCACUCAAACAAUUCAGAAAUAUAUUGCAGUCGUCAAAGAAAUCGCCAUAUCAGCGGAAUGAUGAAAUAAACAAACAUUUUCGAACACAAUUUUUUAGAACUAUUUAGUUACUGUAUAAAAAUGAUAUUUUCAUAAAUAUAACUUAAAACCAGCAGGAGCACAACUCAAAAGCGUAACGGUACCGCGAUUUAAGAUUUUCCUGAAUAAUUCUUACAUUAUUUUAUUGUUUGUUAAUUUUACAACUUUACCAUAUUUUGCAUCCACUGGCGAACAUUUGGUGAAAAUUUGAUUAAAAUCGGACUGAUAUUGAGUGCGCAGUAGCGAUUUUCCACAAAACGCCAAAAAGGGUGUCCUGUAACCUUAUAAGGUUUUGGAAGGACAACCUUAAUUAAAUCAACUGCAUAUAGCACUCUAACCAACUGAACUACAGAGUCCAGUUGUCAAGCUCUAACCAUAAAAAACACAAUGGUUUUGUUAGUAAGGCGAGGGUUUCUGCAUGCAUGUAUUUUCUAGUACAUUUAUAUUUAGACCUAACUAGGAUCGAGCAGACCGGAAUGGCUGGGCCGCAGGUUUAAUUCCUGCCGGAGGGCUUAAAAGUUGCAUUUUACGCAACUUUGCUGCAUGUUACGUCGAAAUAAAUGUACUAAAUUUACACACGAAAUGUACAUCUACAAAACCGUUCAACAUUCGUUCAAUCGCGUGCGAUUCCCAAAAUAAUUAAUCCUGAUGUCUCCGAGUGCCGGUUAGUUUUCUCCGCCAGGUCAUGUUUUCGUCCGCGUUUGCGUGUGUAUGUUUGUCAGCAUGAUGUGUCGUGUGUACAUUUGUCUGUCGCGUUCAAACAGGCUAAACUAAAAAUGCUUUUAUUUCAUUACCUAUACGAAGACAAAUCAGAAAUAAUUAUUUUAAACACAAUUAAUCAAUAAUUUUGUGCCCAGCUGCAAUCUUGGACAAAACCCUUGCAUGAGACCAUUCCAGCUAAUAUUACAAAGUUAUUGAACAUUGACAAAACAAAGUUGUCUCCCCCUCCCCCCCCCCCAGUUCAAUGUUGUGAACAACGCCGAAACAACUUUUGGUAAUAUACCAUGACACAAGCUCAACAUUGAGUUGAUGGAGCGGGGGCUCAAGAAGGGCAACAUGAUUCAACAUGGAGUUUAUCAUCAAAUAUUUGAAUUUUCUAUAGUCUCAACCAGUUAUGUCCAAGGUUGUAGGUUGACCCGCGUAUGUAGAGUAGAAUAGUGCACGGAAAUUAGAGUAAACGUUUGAAAACCAAGAGUUUACAAAGAUAACACCGAACGAAAUGCAGAAUGCAUGUUAGCGCGCGAGUACGCCCAGAAUGUAACUCUAACAAGCUAUAUUUUGGUCAAAACUACCAAAGAAAGAGGUAACAUAUACGAUGUCAACUGAUGAACUUACUAGCACGUCACAAUGUGCAGAUAAUCAUUCCACCCAUCGUACCAAUCAACCUUCUCUGGAUAAUCGCUGAUGUGUUCUGGCAAAGUUCUGUGUUUUCCUCGAUCAGAAUAGCAACCUUUUUUUAUUACUUUCGCUUUACACUGAGAAUUGGUCAAACUAGAAUCGUUCGCAGCUGCAAGAAAAAAAGAAUUUAACUGGCAUACUAAUUCAUACUAAUGGUGAAUUUUGUAUCUGUAUUUAGACAGACCCCAGCUCCCAGGUCUUCAGUAAUGCAAUAAUAAUAGCGAAGUGGGCUGGUCUAAUAAGCAUCAACCAAUGGUUUUGCUAGUUUGAUCGCCAUACAUGCGCUGAUAAAUCUUGUCCUCGUUUGAGUUAAAAGAUAAAAGAGAAGGAAAUAUACGCUUAAAUAUUUUUAACUGAUGUCGCUAAUAAAUUUAAAUAUAAAACCAACUUACAAACUAAGGCUGAAAUGAGAGUUAUGAACAAAAUGAUAUUUUUAAUCAUGACUGAUUUUAACCAGAAAUCAAUUGUUCAUGCGUGUAGAUGAAGAAGCAAUGAAAUAGCAAUACAUGAGCAGAACAAGCUACUUAUAUAGCAAUGACAAACAAUAAAGUAAUAUGCGGUAUAUCUUGGCGCUUCUACUCUCAAAGUUAACCUAAUUAAAUUAAAGCUGAUAGCCUUGACUAUAGGCUAGUAAUUAAAGCAAAUGAGUGAUUUCAUUGCAAUAUAAAAUUUUAAUAAAAAAAUAUUGGAGUAAUUAAAACUAAACAUAAAAAUUAUAUUAAAAAUAGAUAUAUAUCUUUUAAUUUUAUAAUAAAUCUUCCAAAAUGACAAAACAAAAAGCAGAAAUAUCUGAUUGCUCAUUGACGUAUAUAUAGCUAUAUAACCUGAAACAAUACUGUAUAGUUAUUCCGAAAACAGUAUAUAAACAUGUUUCAAAAUUGUUUAAUCUACGAGUACGUUUAAUUAGACUAGAUUUAAAUCAUCUUUAAUUUCAAAUCAAUGUUAAAUUUACUAUUUUCGGAGUGACGCGCAUUGUGAUCAUUCCUGUGGAGUGUGGUCGGUACACUAUCAUUCUGUGCAUGGUGUACACAUGCAUAUUCACCAAAAACGGUCAAAAAUUUACAGUGGAGGUAAAUAUGUGAAUCACUGAAUGGUGAAUAAGAAUGAAAUUUUAAUUAAAUAAAAAUUCAAUUUCAAAUAAAGGGGGGCAUUGUUCCAUAUAUUUAAAGUGUUUUUUUAAUAUCCCAGUUAGUGAUUUGGAUGUAAAAUAUAUUAAAUUUCCCACAUCACUUAAUCGUGGCUCCUUUCUGCUUAUUUAUGGUACGCACCCUACUAUAGUACUUCAGAGACCCGGCCGGCCUUCAGAGAAACUUAGUUUUGCAGUUGGGAAAAAGAGACACCCGAUAAGUCAUAACUUCAUGCUUUGCUUUGAACCAGAAUGUUGAGGUAUAUUGCAUAGCCAUAAGGAAACAAUAUAUGCCUAUAUAAGCAGCAAACUCGACUUGAUUCAUAUAAGUCAAAAUGCUAUCACGAUAAUUUGACAGUUAGGUAUAGAACUACCAUCACGUAAAUCACGAUAAUUUGACAGUUAGGUAGAACUACCAAAUGCUAAAAGAAUUCACGGUUGGAAAAGAGUGGUGCAAGGAAAAUGUUAUAGAUAGAAAUUAGAAAAUAUAUCAAGAAUUUGGCAUUUUGCAACAACAUGGUGCAUCAAUUCAAGGCGGAGUAAAAACUAAAACCUUGGCUUAUACUCUAUAGUCGAGCUCUCGCUAUUAUGUUUUUUGCUUUUAUUUUUCACUUUCUCCCCCACUAUAAACAUUUGUCUUGGUUUCAGUGAAAUAUAUUACUCAUUAAACUGUUUAAAUUGGUAGUAAAUUACAUUAAGCGCACAGCCAUAUAGCAUGAUUGCAAAAUAAUUUGUAGCAAAAUUUUAAUUGCUCAUGCUUUCUUUGUAUAUUUUAAUUAAAUCUGAAAUUCCAUAGAAAUUCAGCAGUUACUGAGUAAGGUGUUGUUGCCGGCAUUUGUUGUCGUUGGACGAACCUUUAACCGUUGAAGGUUCGUCUGCACAAAUUGCAUGCAUGUACUCAUCUUUAUAGCCUAAUGCCAAGACGCAUAUACAUGCAGGGUCGAUCAGGGUGUAUAACUUUACAAGUCAAGCUAUUGUUAGAAUUCCAAUACAGCACUAUGCUGAACCAACUAUGGUGAGUAGUGAAUUUAAUGCAAAGACUUUUUGAAUUUGGUUUCGUACCUCGACCUAUGACCCUCGACACUCGACAAUUACCCAAACUCGUCUACAGGGUGUCACAAAAAAAAUUGACACUAUAGAAAUUAUCGGUAAUUAAUAAAACUAGAAUAGUGAAGCGAAUAGUCGACGAAUAGUCCGCGAAUAGUCGAUCGACGAAUAUUACGAAUAGUCGACGAAUAAUACGAAUAGUCGAGGAACAGUGCAAUAGAGACUUUGCAAGGCUUUGCAAAGAAAAAAGUUUUUCCAGACGAGUACGUUGUAAUUACUUUCCAGCGACUUUAUCUCAAUUUUUGAUACCACAUUUCGAUACUUUGCCAAAAAAUUUCCUUUGCGCGGAAAUAUUUCACCAAAAAAAAUGACUGGGACCCAACAAAAAAUUUCUAGGGGCCCCCAGAACCUGGGGGUCCGGGGCAAUUUCCCCCCCCUCUCGGCGGCCCUGUGCAAGGUGAUACGUAUCGACCAGACUUGCAUGCUCUUAAUUACUCCAGACAAAUCUCUCUAUGUCGUCGAACUUACUGUUGGAUUUGAAACUAACCUAUUUAUAAGUGACCAUGCAUAGUUUGGUAUUUGCAAUAAGGAAAAUUUCUGUUGUUAAAAAACAAGAAAAGAAAGUUUAGAUAAGAUAAGAAAAAUGAAAAAAUUUGAUCAUCAAAAAUUUGUUGAGGAUCUGAGGCAACAACGCUGGGAAAAUGUAUACUUCUUCGCUGAGGAUCCUAACGCUAUGUGGGAAAUUUGGAAGGAAUUAUUCCUAGAGCUAGGUCUUGGAUAACCAGCCAUUAGAACAAAAAAGUUCCUUGGAUUACAAGUGCUAUAAAGCAACUUAUUUAUAAUCACAAGGGACAUAUUCAAAAGAAAGGCCAUUAUUACAAACAUAGAGAUAGACUGGUUAAAUUACAAAACAACGAGAAACAAAGUUAAUAUUCAGCUAAGAAAUGCCAAAAAAAAAUAUUAUUCCACUAAAGUUUCUGAUCAAAAAUGCAAUCCUAAAGAGGCUUGGAAAACUAUAAACAAUAUACUCGGUAGGCAACGCAAACCAACAGUAGUAAAUGAGUUAAAAUUAGGUGAAAAUAAUUUAACAAAUACCAAAGAUAUUGCGGAGGGCUUUAAUGAUUAUUUUUCAAAUAUUUGCCCUGAUCUAGCUAGCAAAAUUAAUACUCCAAAUUUGAACUUUCAAACAUAUAUUGAAAAGGCUAAAUCAAAUUCAUCAGUGCAUUCCAGCUAGUCACUGUCAGUAAUGUCUACCAUCAUUUGCAUGGUCUUUCUAGCAACAAAGCCACUGGCGUUGAUAAGAUCUCCAGUAAAAUUAUUAAAAUAGCUGCACCUGCUAUUUCAGAUUCACUCACAUACAUUUUCAAUCAAGCUAUUACCCUAUCCCUUUUCCCUCAUGAAUGGAAAACGGCUAGAGUAAUACCUCUCUAUAAAAAUGGCCAACGAAACCUACCAGGAAAUUACAGACCAAUUUCAGUUCUGCCUGUCAUUAGCAAAAUUAUGGAGUGAAUUCUGUACGAUCAACUAUACAAUUAUUUAACAAAUUUGAACAUCUGAGUGAUUGUCAAUUCGGUUUUCGUAAAUUUCACUCUACAGCUACCAGGGCAUUUUUUAAGAAUUCGUCAGUGAGGGGGCCGUCUACAAAAAGGGACCAUACUAUACCGAGUGCAUGUGGAGAAAUGAUAGAUGGUUUGUUGGUAAUAAAAAGUUUGUUGUGAUAUCGCAUUUAAUACUAAGUGGGGGGGGUCUGGGCUGGGGGUAUUCUCCCCCAGAAAAUAUUUGUAUUUUUCUACCCCUAUGACUGCAAUUCCCUGCAUUUUCUGAAACAGAUUUUUGGAUAUACAGCAUUACAUUAUGCGGUUGAUAGACUGAACCUUCAGUUAAGUUCUUGCAUAGUAUGUUUAUGUAGAUACCACAACUUGGUCACUCAGGGAGCCUGCUUGAUAAACUUAGAGGGCCCGACUCCCACGAAGCUCCACCAUGGUUGGCACAGAGCGAAAAAAUUUUGAAAAUUUUGCCUCUCUAAAUUGUCAGAAAUGGCAUUUUCAAAGUCUUCUCUACCUCUUUUGUUAGGCCCUUUCAUUAAUUCGUUCAUUAUGAUUUGUGAGUCCAUGCUAUCCGCGAGUCAGGAUGGAUUAUUGCGAGAAAUGUUAUCAAAAUAUCGAUUACAGAUAUUUGAUUAUAUAUAUAUAUAUAUAUAUAUAUAUAUAUAUAUAUAUAUAUAUAUAUAUAUAUAUAUAUAUAUAUAUAUAUAUAUAUAUAUAUAUAUAUAUAUAUAUACGAUUUCAAAUACUUCUAGUUUCGAAAUCAAUUUGGUUUUUUUUGGUGGGGGCCAAAAUUAUUCCCCCCCUUAUAAAACACUGGGUUGGGGGCCCGUUGCCCCCUGCGGUCACUAACUUGAUUAGCUGAGCCUUCCAACAACUCAAAUCUAUAGGGUCUGGGAAAUGCAAUCCACUGGAAAAUGUUUAAAAUCUAAUAAGGUAUUUACAACACAAUGUUUAGCAUUAAAGAUAAAAAACAGGACAUAAGAUUCACAAAGCAAAUUUCAGUUGCUAGAAUAUCGAUAAAACCUCCCUUCUAAAUUCCAUGUUUUGCUUAUACCUUAGAGAAAAGGAACUUUGACUGGGGGGGGGGGAAAUAGUUGAGUGGGGAGGGGCACCAAGGGGGGCUGGGGGCGCUUUGGCCCCCCAGUUAUAUAGUUAAAAAAUGCCCUGACAGCUACAGCAUUACUGGACUGUACAAAUGAUUGGUAUAUGAAUUUAGACCGCAAAAUGUUUAACCUAGUAGUUUAAUUGACUUGAAAAAAGCAUUUGAUACUGUUGAUCAUCAAAUAUUAUUGAAAAAAUUAGAGCUUUAUGGAAUAAAAGGACAAGCUCUGUCUUUUCUAGAAUCAUAUCUCUCAAAAAGAAACGAAAAAUGCCUUAUACAAGGAUCUGUUUCAUCAGAGAAAUUGAUCAAAUGUGGCGUACCACAAAGCUCUAUUUUAGGGCCCCUAUUUUUUCUGUUAUAUAUUAACGAUUUGCCUCAAUGCCUGGAUAAAACAAAACCUCGGUUGUUUGCUGACGAUUUAAAAUUCUUUUCUCUAUACUUUUCGCACGCCCCUCGUGGAAAUCAGCUUCGGUUGACGGGGUCAGCGUGAUUAAAUAAAGUUUAUCUAUCUAUCUAUAACGUUGGACGCAAGAAAACCAAAUAUAGAUAGGAUUGGAUAAAAACCUAGCCUACGGUGUAGAUCCCAGCAGAAACGUGUUGCUGCUGGAGUCUACACCGUAGGCUAAUAAAAACCCGUAUUUCCUCUUUGUGACCUUAUAUAGCUAGUAUAUAUAUGUAUAUAAUAAUUUGUGAUUCAUGUAGCUAGUAAUUGUAAAUUACCAUUAAUAGUGAGAUUUAUAAUUGUAUAUAUAGGCAAAAAAGCUUGUAUCAAUAAACUUUUCGUUAUUUACUAUUCAUGAUUUAUUUACUAUUUGUUUGUUUUUUUUUACUAUACGUUAUAUUUAUUAUUAGUACUUCUCGGCCUACUGGGCCCUUGAUGUCCUCCAGGACUCUCAGCGGUAUUAAAAUUCUAAAAUACUUUAGUCAAGAUAAUUGAUACAUUUGCUUGAUUUCUUUUGAGCUCUGCCAUCCAUGGCAGCAGUUUCAGAUAUACGUCCAGUUUUAGUGCUUCUAGCUUGUAAUUUUGGCAGUAUUCAUGAAUAGGCUUUAGUUUCAGCACCUUGUUCAUCAUGGCCAUUGCAUGCUGUGUAUGCGGAGAUUUUGCAAUAAAUCUUUGUAUGUCGGUACAGUCCUUUGCAUAAUCGUUUAUCAGUACUGCCCAAGGAUCUAGUUCAUUUCAUUUGUCAAUUAUUCGUCAUGUGAAGAUUUUGAGACGAAUGAAACAUCAUCAUCUGAUUCCGUCAGCGCAUCUUUUAUAAAUUGGAUCCGUGAUCUGUGUCAGACUCAUCAGAAUAGGAAUCGUAAUUGUUCUCAUUUCGUGAUGGGCAAUUGAUUCAUUUUCAUGUCUUCGAAGAUUAAAAUCCUUGAUGAAAUAGUUUUCCACAAUAUCUACAACUCAUUCAGCUAGCAUCGCAACAACACAACACAAAUCAAAUGACUACCUAUCUAUAUAGAGCAUUAUAAUCAAUAUUGCCGUAUUAUAAUCAAUAUUGACCUGAACCAACAUGGCGGCCAAAUUUGUAAGAUGAAAGUGAAACCCAAAGACAGCAAACGUUUUCUUCAGAACAAUAUAGGCGUUUUGCCAGAUAUAAACAGUGUAGGUUUACACAAUUUUGACUAAGAAUUAUAAUGGUCGUUUUUCUCGAAUCCAACUAUUAAAUGGUAAAAAAUAAACUGCAAUAUUAGAGCGCAGCUUUUGCCACGUCCACAUGCGCUCGACCAUGACGGACCAUAGCGAAAACAGUUGCGUUGCUUCAUGUUUACUCGUUAUUCUCGAAAAAUCGAUGUUUUACUCUAGCGUUGAGUUAAUAGGCUUUCCAAUCAGUAGAUCGAUCCGUUUGGAUCAAAGCCGAUGGAGUAAAGAUGCAAAUCUACUCAAUGUGAGUAAAAUGAGUAACCAGUACAUUCCGUAAAUGUUUGAGUAAGAAAUAUUGAGCAGCAACUCUGACUCCAUGCAGAACCCCCCCUAUUUUACUUUCGAAUUUCGUAAUCAUGCAAGACUGAAAUUGAUGUGAAAAGAACUACUAUUCUAUAAUUGAAACUUGUCACGCGUCUUUCACCGUUUAAUGCUUGACAUAUUCCCUGAAAAUGACCAGUAAUAUUUUGAUAUUCCAUCGUCGAGUAGCAUCAGGUUUGACUAAAACAUUCAGCUGUAUUAUAUUGAUAAAUGCUAUUGUAGUGAUGUCAUAAUUCUCAACAAGGUUGAAACGCACCAUCAGCACGCUGAAAACAUCGUGCGCGUGGUCACUAUAUGAGUUUCCCGUAUCCCGGCGGUGUUUUUAUGAUCCAUGACUCAUGAGACUAAGGAGCGACGCUUUUGCACUUACUGUCGCUCCACAGUCGCAUAGUACGGCAAGACCUGCCGCUCCAAACGCCGCGAUUGUGUAUAGAUAGCACUUAGGUUAUUCGGUAGCACUUAGCUAUUAGGUUCGGCGCAUCGAGAAUCGAUCCGGGCCUAUAAUACAGGCUAGAAAACGCAAACAGUAAUUUGUGCCUAGUUGUGCGUGGAUUAAUGCAACAUAUUAAUUGAUAUAUUCAAUUCAACGAGGCACUUACCUGACCCAUUCUCCAAAGAAACUACACCACCAAAGAAACUAUACUGAACUGCCAAACAAUUUAAUACUAUACUCCGCAGAUAAGCGCAAUAAUCAUUACUUCGCAGAUUCAGUUUAACAGCUAUAUACACCGCUUAUUUUAACUCUACACUGCCGUCACUGCGCCUCCUAUAAAACUGGCCUGAACCCAGGGCGCGCCUCGUGUAACGAGUGAUCCAACUGCGAUAUACAGAGCGUGAAUUUGAUUGGUUUAUAUUAACCAAUUAGAACAGACGUUGCGAGCACUGCGACCUUACUGCGGAAUUAGAAGGCCUCAUAUCCUAAGCUGGCCGAGGAGGGCCAUGACAUAAACAUUCGCCUUUUUUACCAUUACGUACACUCGUUUUUUUUCUUCAAAAUUUAUAACACUCGUCGUUUUUUCUUCAGAAUUACAUGCGACGUUUUUUUCCGAGAAUUACUUACGACGUUUUUUCCAAGAAUUACACGCGACGUUUUCUCCAAGAAUUAUACGCGACGUUUUUUCCAAGAACUACCGGGUGGCCCAAAAAAAAGCACUCCUGUUUGAUUCGUAAUAACUUCUAAACAAGUAAAGUUUUUAAAGAGAAAUAACUUGCAUUAAAUAGAGGAAGGACUAACUUAGAUUUUGAUAUAUUACAGUUGUAUUUAACUUAAAAAUUCACGGAUAUAUUAAUGUUAAAAAUGGGGAGCAUAUUUUGGAAUGUGUCUAAAAUUAGCGAAAAUCGGCAUAUCAAAUAUUAACUCCAGCGUUUGUUUGCUUAAUGACAUAUUAGGCUAACUUGUAUUUCAGCGAAUUAUCGUUAAGGUUUGUAUAAAGGGAUAUGGCGUAUAGAUUUAGACAUCUUACAUGUAAGUCUUAGCUCAUUGUUUCCUGAAAUAUGAACGUUCGAAAUUAUGCAAGUAUUUAAUAUUAGGUCUUUGCAAACUUAAAUGUACAUGAAAGACUGACCAUGGAAGGCAGGCGCUUAAAUUUUUCGUAUUCUUAAAUAGCCUAAUUUUUUUAUGUUUUUAAUGGGUUCAAACAGACUGAGUAGAUUAUUUCUCGGUUAGAGCAGGAUGAAUAUUCUUUAUUGAAGGAAAUAAUAUUGCUUUUUGCAAAUACACAUCACCGUAUCAACGCUACUAUUUUGUUACGUUUUGUUCCAAAAAUGUUGCAUGUCUCUGGGGAGUUGCUUAAUUGUUAUGUCUUAUGGAGUUGUAUGGUUUGAUUGUGUUUCAUAUAAUUCUCAGUUUACUCCAUGAACUUGCCAAGAUUAAGAAACGGCAAAAGAGUUUGGGUGUUCUUAACAAGAUUUCAGAACGUUGCAGAAGUUAGAAGAGCUUCACAAUUCCGUUGUGACAGCAUGCCCUAAUUCAGAACUACGAACGAUCCAAUGACGAUCCUUCGCGAUGCAGUGGUCUCAUGAAAUAAGGAAACGUAUUCGUGCUAGGAACACACGCGAAUUUCGGACGAAUGAAUCUUGCUUGUAUUUUGUAGAUAUAAUAAUACUUUGUUUCAUAAUAAACAAUUUGUCAAGUGUCAUUUAUUUACUGGUAAUAGUGCAUGUUUCAGUCGGGCAAAUCUUGAUUAAUAUUUGAUACGCCGAUUUUUGCAUAUUUCAGACACAUCCAGAAAUAUCCUCCCGAAUUUAAAGAUUAAUAUCUCCGUGAAUUUUUAAGUGAAAUACAACUGUAAUAUAUCAAAGUCUAAGUUAGUCCUUCCUCUAUUUGAUGUAAGUUAUUUCUCUUUAAAAGCUAUACUUGUUUAGAUGUUAUUACGAAUCAAACAGGAGUACUUUUUUUUGGGCCACCCGGUACAUGCGACACCAAUUUUUUCUAAAUGUUAAUUAUUAUAGCAGCUUCGUGUGGUGAGCUGCAAAUAAACAUGGCGGACGAACCCUCGUGAAAAAUGACAAUAAAUACACUUUUGAUGCUUUUAAAUCUUAAAUACUAAUCACAUCAUAAUUAUUUAUUUUAGUCAAAAAUUUUGUAGUCAACCCACCCUUGCUUUUGAUAUCAUAUAAAGAAAAAUAAACCGUCGAAAAUCGAUGGAUCAAGGGAAAGAAUGGACAAAUGAGCGUAAUUUUCUCCGUUGUUAACUUGCUCCCGCGCUUUCACCAAUUACCCGAAUGCCUUAUAUUUUUCGGGUGUACAGUCCGCGCGUUAAAUUUAAAAACAGUCAAAGACGCCUCUGCGUUAGGCUCAGAUUCCAGCCGUUGGGCGAGCGAGAACCCCAACGGCUGGAAUCUGAGCCUACCGGCUCUGCGUAGGAGGGAGCAAAAUAACAACAUUUCGCGUACCGACAUUUUUCUUAGUAACUUUGUAUGCAUUAAUCGACACCUGACCUCUCAGUUUUGGGUCCUGAGACUGAGCACAGUUUUGUGUCUUGAGACUGAGCACCAACACUUAUUCCAAAGGUCGAUAGACUUUGGAACAAGGAUUUUAAUGUCUAUCACCUCACAGUGCACAGAACCAAACUUCAUCUACAAGUCGUCUACCUCCUGGUCACUGAAAGUAAUGCAUUCUUCAUAGUUUUCUAUGUGGCAAGCCUUCAAAUACGCCUCAAACUUUCUCUUCGCAUUGUUCUCACUUUUUAUGGAGUUUUUGGUUAGCAAAUCUUGUCUUUUCUGUGCUAAUUCUUCAUCAGAAAUUAUAUUUACACUGAGAUUGUUUGACUGCGCCAUUUUGAAUAAAUGCCCGCGAGCAAAGUCGUGUCCUUUUGGAACUGUGUGAACCAAUGAGCGUCAUUCCGAAGUUGUAUACCUUUGGAGCGCACCAAAAAUACGAGAUUUAUUCAGGUCUGUCGGGGUAUACGAGAUUUACCCCUCUCAACCUGGUGCCAGAAUUCGUAUCCCCCUCAGCGCUUCGCGCGCUUUGGGGGAUACGAAUUCUGGCUCCAGGCGAGGGCUAAAUCUCGUAUACCCCUCAGAGCUUUGGAAUAAGUGUUAGUGUCCUGAGACUGAGCACAGUUUUGUGUCCCGAGACUGAGCACAGUUUUGUGUCCUGAGACUGAGCACAGUGUUGUGUCUUGAGACUGAGCACAGUUUUGUGUCCUGAGACUGAGCUCACUUCGGAUGAGAAGAUUCCAGGUUCGAAUCCUGGUGGGGUCGAAAUUCGAAACACUGUAACAAUUACUUUUGAGAAAAAAAUAUAGUGCAAAUCGGAUGAGUUGUUACUGAAUGUUAGUGCAAUUUCGCAGUGACAAUUUUAGACAAUCUCAACAAAUCUCUGUAUCCAAAAUCUGUCGAACGCACACCAAGCACGACGUCCUCAAUACACUGAAUAUAUCAGACAAGAAAAGUAUUCAAAUGACAGACAGCAAAUGUACGUAUUCUUGGAUUUUUUAUUUGUCUCUUGCUAAUGGAACGUUUGCGGGCUGACCUGUUAGCUCAGUCGACAGAGCGUGGUGCUAAUAACGCUAAGGUCGUGAGUUCGAUCCUCACACAUGCCAAAUGGAACAGACGAGUAGAUUUUUUUAGCCAGUGGAAUUUGGAGAUAGCAUCGUGAACUACUGGUAAUAUAACAAAAUUCACAUGCUAAUUUAUCUGGGUUCUUUGAUGAUUGCGCAUUACUUGCAAAAAUUUAAUCGAAGGAAACCGCCUGGCGAGAUUCGCUGCACUAGAUGGAUACGCAGCACCACUAAAUUGGAAGCUCGCGUCGAAAUUGGAGUGGUGAUUUUAAGAUAUUAAAUCCUGCUGGAGACUGCAGAAACGGACGGAAAAUCCGUGACAUCGAUUACUUUCCAAACGUUGUGGAGGACUGAAGUUCUGCCGGCAGUGAGGAAGCAUACAAACUAUUACUCAAUGGCCUCGUGGCCAAAUGGAUAAGGUGUCUGUCUACGGAUCAGAAGAUUCCAGGUUCGAGUCCUGGCGAGGUCGUAUCACAUUAUCAUCUUAAUUUAUAUUUAUAUCAUUUCAAGUGACAAAAUGUUUCCGAGAAAUUCUUGAAGAACCUGCGGAAAAUUUGGCAAUUUAUAAUGGUACCUAGGAAUUGACGACAAGUGGCCUCAUGGCCUAAUGGAUAAGGCGUCUCACUUCGGAUGAGAAGAUUCCAGGUUCGAAUCCUGGUGGGGUCGAAAUUCGAAACACUGUAACAAUUACUUUUGAGAAAAAAAUAUAAUGCAAAUCGGAUGAGUUGUUACUGAAUGUUAGUGCGAUUUCGCAGUGACAAUUUUAGACAAUCUCAACAAAUCUCUGUAUCCAAAAUCUGUCGAACGCACACCAAGCACGACGUCCUCAAUACACUCAAUAUAUCAGACAAGAAAAGUAUUCAGAUGACAGACAGCAAAUGUACGUAUUCUUGGAUUUUUUAUUUGUCUCUUGCUAAUGGAACGUUUGGAGGCUGACCUGUUAGCUCAGUCGGCAGAGCGUGGUGCUAAUAACGCUAUGGUCGUGAGUUCGAUCCUCACACAGGCCAAAUCGAACAGACGAGUAGAUUUUUUUAGCCUGUGGAAUUUGGAGAUAGCAUCGUGAACUACUGGUAAUAUAACAAAAUUCACAUGCUAAUUUCUCUGGGUUCUUUGAACAUUGCGCAUUACUUGCAAAAUCGAAGGAAACCCCCUGGCGAGUUUCCCUGCACUUGAUGGAUGCGCAGCACCACUAAGUUGGAAGCUCGCGUCGAAAUUGGAGUGUUGAUUUUUAGAUAUAUUAAUUCCUGAUGGAGACUGCUGAAACGGACGGAAAAUCCGUGACAUCGACUACUUUCCAAACGUUGUCGCGGACUGAAAUUCUGUCGGCAGUGAUAGAUAGAUAGAUAGAUAGAUAGAUAGAUAGAUAGAUAGAUAGAUAGAUAGAUAGAUAGAUAGAUAGAUAGAUAGAUAGAUAGAUAGAUAGAUAGACAGAUAGAUAGACAGACAGACAGACAGACAGACAGACAGACAGACAGACAGACAGACAGACAGACAGACAGACAGACAGACAGACAGACAGACAGAUAGACAGAUAGACAGACAGACAGACAGACAGACAGACAGACAGACAGACAGACAGACAGACAGACAGACAGACAGACAGACAGACAGACAAAAAGACAGACAGACAGACAGACAGACAGACAGACAGACAGACAGACAGACAGACAGACAGACAGACAGACAGACAGACAGACAGACAGACAGACAGAUAGACAGACAGAUAGACAGAUAGAUAGAUAGAUAGAUAGAUAGAUAGAUAGAUAGAUAGAUAGAUAGAUAGAUAGAUAGAUAGAUAGAUAGAUAGAUAAACUUUAUUUAAACACAUUGGCCUUUUCAGCAAAAGCUGAUUUCCAAAAGGGAUGUGUACUUACAAAUUAUUAUUUAUAUACUAGCUCUAAUAUUACAUACAUAACAAAUACAAUUAUAUACCUAUUUAGACAAAAAUUAACUACUACUUUAAGUCGAGAUUAAGGUCGAGGAAGAUAGCUUUUUACAGAACGAAUUAUACGAUACCGAAUUGCGUAUCUCUUCAGGUAUCUGAUUCCAUAGUUUAGCCCCACUAUAUUGGAAGCUUUUUUUAAGGAUUCCGUUUUUGGUCUUGGAAUAUAAAACCUUGUUGAAGAACCUCUCAGAUUAUGCUCAUGAAUGGUAUUCAGAUUUUGGAAAGCUUCGCAUAGUCGUUGGGGGGCUCAACCAUUAACUGUCUUGUACAUGAGCCUGGCUUUCAUUUGUGCCCUACGCUCUUCAAGUGUUACCCAGCCUAGAGAUUUUCGUGCCAAAAUAGAUUGACCAUGUUCAUUUUUUAAGUUCAUGAUCAACCUAGCCGCUCUGUUUUGGAAUUUCUGUAGACGUUCGCUUAGGCCUUUAUUAAGUGUAUCCCAUACUUCACAGCAAUAAUCAAAAUAAGGUUGGAUUAAGGCAUUAUAAACUUUUAUCAAAAUGUCUUGUUCGACAUACUCCCUCAUUUUCCUAAUAGCCCCAAUACCUGAUGAUAUUUUACUGCUAAUAUGGUUAAUGUGUUUUUCCCAACUCAAGUUACUCCCUUGUCAGGCGUGAUAGAGUUAACAAGAUAGGAGGAGGCGUGUGCGCCUUUAUUAAAUCAUCUAUUCCAUUUAAAUUAUUACCCGAACUACAAGACGAAUGUUUUGAAACCCUGUGGUUAUAUUUGAGACCGUAUAAACUUCCUCGAGGCUUUUCAUGCCUGAUAGUAUGUGUUAUUUAUCAUCCACCAUCCAACGAUAAUCAUGCCCUAGUCGAAUACAUUAUCUUAAGCCUCGAUUUAGCCCUUAUGAAGUACCCAAAUGCAGGAAUUUUCCUGGUCGGUGACUUUAAUAGAUGUCCUGUUUCAGCGUUACUAAGACAUUUCGGACUAAAGCAAAUUGUCAAAAAACCUACGAGGAAAAAUGUUGCCCUGGAUCUAAUUCUUACGAAUAUGUCUGCCUGUUGCAACCCUGCAUUGGUAACCUCUCCUAUUGGACUAAGCGACCAUAGCUCUGUGUUAUGUACACUUAAAAGAAAUCUGAUAAAAAACGAGACCAAUAAAGUGAAAAUUCGACGUAAUGUAUAUGCCAACAAGACAGCGUUUGGAAAAUGGUUAGCUGAUUAUAAUUGGUCGACUUUGUAUCGUACUGUCUCGUGUAAAGACAAGCUAGAUAUUUUCACGAAAGUUAUCAACAGUGGUUUAGAUUGUUUCUUUCCGAUUAAAAUUAUCAAACUACAUGCUAAUGAUAAACCCUGGGUAACGCCCGAAUUCAAAGAAAUCAUUAAAGAUAGGCAAAAAGCAUAUCAUGACAGGAAUAUCCAAAAGUACAAUUAUUUGCGUAACCUAGCCAAUAGAAAAAGGAAACAACUGAGGUCCAGCUAUCUUGAUAAAAAAAUGGACCAGCUUAAAUCUAAUCCUAACCCGCAAAAGUGGUGGGAUUGUUUAAAACAAUUCGCAGGGUAUCCGAAGAGAAAGGCAAUAUCGUCUAUGGUCCUUGACAAUGAGAUUGUUGUUGGAAAUGUUUUAGCAAAUAAAAUUAACGACUUCUUCAUAUCAAUUACUAAUGAAAUUACACCUUUACAGCCAGAAUCUACAGAAAGUCAGUUCGAGUUUAAUGAAAGUAACAUUCAUCCCCAAUUUAUUAUUGACGAAGAAAGUGUGUAUAAUAAAUUGUCUGAUAUAUGUGUCUCGAAAUCGUCAGGUUCAGACGGCAUCCCAAAUUGGGUACUUAAACAUUAUGCUUAUAUCUUAGCCUUACCAAUUGCCUCACUUUUUAAUGCUUCGAUACAGCAACAGCAUGUUCCUGCAGUAUGGAAAGACGCUGAAGUUAUUCCAAUACCAAAAAUAUCGGUACCUGCAGACAUAACAACCGAUUUGCGUCCUAUUUCAUUGACACCCACUUUGUCUAAAAUCUGCGAAUCGUUUGUAUCUGAUUGGUUGAUUAGUUCAAUCAAGAACAAAAUUGAUAAGAGGCAAUUUGGCUCUUUGAAGAAUUCCUCAACGACUCAUAAUUUAAUUAGUUUGGUACAUCACUUAUUAAAGGAAACUGAUGCGUCAAAGUGCGCCGUUAGAGUGUUUCUUCUUGACUUUUCUAAGGCUUUCGACCUGAUAGACCACAACAUUUUGUUUCAUAAAUUAUUGGAAUUGAACGUUCCCCCAACUAUUUUUAAUUGGAUUAAAAGUUUUUUAACUGGACGGAGGCAAUGUGUGAAGCUGGGUAGUUGGUCUUCGAGUUGGAAAGUUUUAAACGGAGGAGUACCGCAGGGAACUGUUUUGGGUCCUGUUUUUUUUUGGUUUUUUUUUUUGGUUAUGAUCAACGAUCUCCUCGAUGAAUGGCCCGAUCGAUGGAAGUAUGUAGAUGAUAGUACGGCUACUGAAAGUGUCAUGGUUGAUUGUAGCAGUAAUCUUCAGGAUCUCGUCGACUAUAUCUAUAAUUGGACGGUUACAAAUAAUAUGAAACUUAAUGUCACUAAAUGUAAAGAAAUGAUCCUUGACUUUGGUAGGGUAAAACGGAAUUUCCCAGCAUUAUUAAUCGAGAACACUGAGGUUGAACGUGUAAAUUCUGCCCAAAUUCUCGGCGUUACGAUCCAAACCAAAAUGAAUUGGAAUGAACACGUUAAUAAAAUUGUUAAGAAAUCUGGGAAAAGAUUGUAUAUGCUCAGGUUAUUGAAACGAGCCAACGCUGACACUAGAAUGUUAUCCAUCGCAUUUACCACUAUUAUAAGGCCAGUCUUAGAAUACGCUUGCCAAGUUUGGCACUUCAACAUUCCAGGUUAUUUGCGUGAUGAUAUUGAAAGGGUUCAAAGAAGAGCUUUGAAAAUUAUUUUACCAGAACUUAGCUAUAACGAUGCACGCGAACUUAUUAAUAUUCCAUCCUUGAAGGAACGACGUGAGAUUUUAUGCGAACAGUUCUUUUUGAGAGAUGAGAACCUUCAAAAAUUGGAUGAAUUUUUACCUAAUAAAUCCUCUUCGGUCUAUGAUACGAGGGGAAAUUGUAAAUAUAAUAAUUAUUAUUGUAAAACAGAACGUUUUAGAAAAUCCUUCUUACCACAAAUUAUUUCGAAAUUAAAUUGUAAAUAGUAGUUUACUCCUUUAUAUUUAAUUAUUUGUAGUAUAGCUGAUGUAAUUUAACCUUCGGUUACAAAAUCAGUAAAUAUAUUUAAUAAUAAUAAUAAUACUUUCUUUCUUCUUGCAAUUCAACUCCAAGAGCUUUGGUAUUUUUAACUUUUUUAAUCAAUUGAUUAUUUAUUUUAACUCCUUGAUGGGUAUCAAUAUUACUUAUUUUAUGUCGUGUUCCAAUUAAAACAUACUCGGUUUUCGCUAUAUUUAGACUUAGUUUAUUUGCACAAAGCCAUUUCUGAACAUUUCUCAUGUCUACGCUCGCCCUCUCUUCCGCCUCACUAAUUGUUCUGCCUACUGCCGUUAAGUUAGUAUCAUCAGCAAACAUUCUUGGAGUUGUGCGUUCUAGGCAGCUUGGCAAAUCAUUUAUAUACAUAAUAAAUAAGAGAAGGCCGAGUAUACUCCCCUGAGGAAUGCCACAAAUGAUUUCUUUCUCCACCGAGAGUAUACUGGCCAAUUGACAACUUUGAGUUCGGUGCGUCAAAUAGCAACGUAAAAGAUUUAAUGCUUUCCUUUGGAAACCAUACAUUUCAAACUUACUUAACAGUAUUUCGUGGUCGACUGUAUCGAAUGCUUUUUUUAGGUCAAGAAAAACAACUAAGUUAUACAGCCCACGGUCCAUGUUGGUAUACCAUUCGUUCGUACAAUCCAAUAAUGUAGUAGUUGUGGAAUGAUAAGGUCUGAAACCAAAUUGGUGUUUUGAGAAAAGAUUAUUCUGGUUAAGAUACUCAUACAUUUGAUCAUACAUAAUUCUUUCCAUAAGUUUACUUACUACAGGAAGGAUUGAUAUCGGUCUAUAGUUGUCCAACAUGGACCGCUGACCUUUCUUAAACAAUGGAAUAACCCUUGCAGCUUUCCAAUCAGAAGGAAAUUGAUCCGAGUCAAUUGACAUAUUAAAAAUCUCAGUAAGAGAAGGUGCAAUAACUGGAGCUGCUACUUGUAGAAUUUUAGCUGAAAUUUUAUCCAUUCCAGUCGCUUUGGUGGUAGACAAAUUAACUAGAAGAGUGUAAACCAAUGUUACACUCACUGGUCGAAAUGAGAAACUGUUCAGUUUGUCUUAGAUUUUUGUUCAGUAAUAAAAUCUCGAAAACUAACGUCAUUGUCAUUUGGAAUAGACUCAGCAAGCUUUGGACCAAUAUUACUAAAAUGAUCAUUAAAAAUGUCGACUAAUUCGUCGGUCGAUGUAACAGUUUUAACUGGAAGUUUAAUUUCAUUAAUCGUAGUCUGUUUUCUGUUUCGACCUAAUAUAUCGUUUAUUGUUCUCCAAGCAUAUUUAGGAUUCUGUUUAUUAUUUGUGAAUUUGUUUGCAUAAUAAUCUCUUUUAGCACUGCGCAAAGCAGUGUUGGCAACAUUUCUAGAUGACUUAUAUAGUCUCCAGUCUUCUUCUUUAUUUGUCUUUAUUGCUUUACGCUUAAGAGCAUCUCUUUUAAAUAAUUUUUCCUUUACUUCCCGGCUUACCCAAGGAAUAUUGCCCCCUUUUCUUAAUCUUUUUACUCUCACAGGGGCAUGUUUAUCCAGCACAUCUACAAAAAAUGUUUUCCAUAACCGCCACAUUUCAUCUACAUUUCUUUUAAAUCUUAUUUCUUCCCAAGGUAUAUUUUGUAAGUCAUAUAGAAAGCCUGAAACAUUGAAAUUCUUAAAAUUUCUAUACUCGACAGAACCUUGUAAAUCAGUUUUUAUUCUUGUACUUAUUUUCCGAAUACUAUAAAUGAGGCUGUGAUCACUAAUUCCGAGAUGGACUACACCUGAAAAAAUUAUUUUUUCAGGCAUUGACGCAAUUACUACAUCCAAUAAUGAUUGGCUAGACUGGGUAAUACGCGUAGGGUUAUUCAUUAAUUGUGUAAGCUGAUAUAAUUCCAAAACGUCUUGAAGCUUUCUAGUGGUGGACAAAGUUGGUUCUAGCAUAUUACAAUUUAAAUCUCCCAAAAUAUAAAAUUCUAUAUUUUCAUCAUCAAUUGAUUUGAUUAGCCUCUCAAUUUUUAUAAACACUUCACUAGCGGAACAUGGUGGUCUAUAAAUACUUGAAACUAUAAAAGAUUGACUAUUAGCCUGUUUAAUUUCCACACAGACAGCUUCAAGGCCUGUUGGAACUAGAUCAGGGCGAUUUUCAUAAUUUAUAUGGCGUCUUAUAUAAAUACAUACCCCUCCUCCAUUUCUAUUCCGAUCAGCACGUAACAAGUCAUAACCUUCAAUGCUAACAAUCCCAUCGGAAAUAGUGGAGUCCAAACGGGUUUCAUUAACUGCUAAAACAUCUAAAUAUUUAUCGUGAAGUAAUAAUCGGAUUUCAUCAAGGUGUUUCGGAAGGCUAACUAUAUUAAGCAUAGCCAUCUUAAAACCCCUUGUUUUCGGAAUAUUUAAACAGGCAUCAUUAGCACUCCUCCUCGACCCGUCCUCAUUUCAAUUAUGCGAACUUAAGAAAUAUGAAAAGUUUGCCUGAAGCAAAGAGCUACCUUCUCGGUUUAAAUGCAGUCCUCUACUAUUUAAAUGAGAGCGACUAAUAUUACUAUUGUCUAAAAAUGCAAGCUUUUUCUUGAAGCAGCUUGACUUUAAUAUAUUGUUAGUUUCAUUUACCUUCGUUGUAAGUUCCUCUCUAUCGCAUCUAGUGACUAAAGAAGAGAUGAUGAUUUCAGUAUCAUUGCAAUCCUUUUUAAAAUUCUCUGCUAACUCGAUAAUUUUCUUUGCAAUUUCUUUAGGACUUAAAUAGCGUAUGUCGUUUGUGCCUGCAUGGAUAAUGAGCUUAUCGGGUUGCUUUCGUGCAGUGGGCUUUAAGAAAUCAGACAUAUCAUUAACUGUUGCACCUGAGAAAGACUUAACUAUUGCGUUUCUGUCAGUGUUGGCUACUUCCCAACCUUUUACAUAUUUUAUAAUCGAAUCUCCAGCUAUAACGACCGUUUCUUUAGUGCGUUGUCUUUCUGUUGUUAUUUCCCCACUUGCCUUAUGCGCUUCUCUUGUUUGCUCGUUUUCCUUUGCCUUUUGUUCGUUAUUCUUCACCUUUUGUUUCUUAUUCUUAUUCUUCUUAUGCUUUUGUUCCUGAUUAAUCUGCUGUGACCUCUGCUUGUUGGCUUUCGAUUGAGCAGCUGAGGAAGCAUACGGUGAGAAGCAUACAGUGAGGAAGGAUACAAACUUUUACUCAAUGGCCUCGUGGCCAAAUGGAUAAGGUGUCUGACUACGGAUCAGAAGAUGGCAGGUUCGAGUCCUGGCGGGGUCGUAUCACAUUAUCAUCUUAAUUUAUUUCAAGUGCGAAAAUGUUUCCGGGAAAUUCUUGAAGAACCUGCGGAAAAUUUGGUAAUUUAUAAUGGUACCCAGGAAUUCGUGACAAGUGGCCUCAUGGCCAAUGGAUAAGGCGUCUCACUUCGGAUGAGAAGAUUCCAGGUUCGAAUCCUGGUGGGGUCGAAAUUCGAAACAUUGUAACAAUUACUUUUCAGAAAAAAAUAUUUUGCAAAUCGGAUGAGUUGUUACUGAAUGUUAGUGCAAUUUCGCAGUGACAAUUUUAGACAAUCUCAACAAAUCUCUGUAUCCAAAAUCUGUCGAACGCACACCAAGCACGACGUGCUCAAUACACUCAAUAUAUCAGACAAGAAAAGUACUCAGAUGACAAACAGCAAAUGUACGUAUUCUUGGAUUUUUUAUUUGUCUCUUGCUAAUGGAACGUUUGCAGGCUGACCUGUUAGCUCAGUCGGCAGAGCGUGGUGCUAAUAACGCUAAGGUCGUGAGUUCGAUCCUCACACAGGCCAAAUCGAACAGACGAGUAGAUUUUUUUAGCCUGUGGAAUUUGGAGAUAGCAUCGUGAACUACUGGUAAUAUAACAAAAUUCACAUGCUAAUUUAUCUGGGUUCUUUGAUGAUUGCGCAUUACUUGAAAAAUUUAAUCGAAAGAAACCGCCUGGCGAGAUUCGCUGCACUUGAUGGAUGCGCAGCACUACUAAGUUGGAAGCUCGCGUCGAAAUUGGAGUGGUGAUUUUAAGAUAUUAAUUCCUGAUGGAGACUGCUGAAACGGACGGAAAAUCCGUGACAUCGACUACUUUCCAACCGUUGUGGAGGACUGAAAUUCUGUCGGCAGUGAGGAAGCAUACAAACUGUUACUCAAUGGCCUCGUGGCCAAAUGGAUAAGGUGCCUGACUACGGAUCAGAAGAUUCCAGGUUCGAGUCCUGGCGGUGUCGUAUCACAUUAUCAUCUUAAUUUAUAUUUAUAUUACUUCAAGAGCCAAAAUGUUUCCGAAAAAUUCUUGAAGAACCUGCGGAAAAAUUUGGUAAUUUAUAAUGAUACUUAGGAAUUGACGACAAGUAGCCUCAUGGCCUAAUGGAUUAGGCGUCUAACUUCGGAUGAGAAGAUUCCAGGUUCGAAAUUCGAAUCCUGGUCGGGUCGAAAUUCGAAACACUGUAACAAUUACUUUUGAGAAAAAAAUAUAAUGCAAAUCGGAUGAGUUAUUACUGAAUGUUAGUUCAAUUUCGCAGUGACAAUUUUAGACAAUCUCAACAAAUUGCUGUAUCCAAAAUCUGUCGAACGCACACCAAGCACGACGUCCUCAAUACACUCAAUAUAUCAGACAAGAAAAGUACUCAGAUGACAGACAGCAAUUGUACGUAUUCUUGGAUUUUUUAUUUGUCUCUUGCUAAUGGAACGUUUGCAGGCUGACCUGUUAGCUCAGUCGGCAGAGCGUGGUGCUAAUAACGCUAAGGUCGUGAGUUCGAUCCUCACACAGGCCAAAUGGAACAGACGAGUAGAUUUUUUUAGCCUGUGGAAUUUGGAGAUAGCAUUGUGAACUACUGGUAAUAUAACAAAAUUCACAUGCUAAUUUAUCUGGGUUCUUUGAUGAUUGCGCAUUACUUGCAAAAAUUUAAUCGAUGGAAACCGCCUGUCGAGAUUCGCUGCACUUGAUGGAUACACAGCACCAUUAAAUUGGAAGCUCGCGUCGAAAUUGGAGUGGUGAUUUUAAGAUAUUAAAUCCGGAUGGAGACUGCUGAAACGGACGGAAAAUCCGUGACAUCGAUUACUUUCCAAGCGUUGUGGAGGACUGAAGUUCUGUCGGCAGUGAAGAAGCACACAAACUAUUACUCGAUGGCCUCGUGGCCAAAUGGAUAAGGUGUCUGUCUACGGAUCAGAAGAUUCCAGGUUCGAGUCCUGGCGGGGUCGUAUGACAUUAUCAUCUUAAUUUAUAUUUAUAUCAUUUCAAGUGCCAAAAUGUUUCCGAGAAAUUCUUGAAGAACCUGCGGAAAAUUGGGCAAUUUAUAAUGGUACCUAGGAAUUGAUGACAAGUGGCCUCAUGGCCUAAUGGAUAAGGCGUCUCACUUCGGAUGAGAAGAUUCCAGGUUCGAAUCCUGGUGGGGUCGAAAUUCGAAACACUGUAACAAUUACUUUUGAGAAAAAAAUAUAAUGCAAAUCGGAUGAGUUGUUACUGAAUGUUAGUGCAAUUUCGCAGUGACAAUUUUAGACAAUCUCAACAAAUCUCUGUAUCCAAAAUCUGUCGAACGCACACCAAGCACGACGUCCUCAAUACACUGAAUAUAUCAGACAAGAAAAGUAUUCAGAUGACAGACAGCAAAUGUACGUAUUCUUGGAUUUUUUAUUUGUCUCUUGCUAAUGGAACGUGUGCGGGCUGACCUGUUAGCUCAGUCGACAGAGCGUGGUGCUAAUAACGCUAAGGUCGUGAGUUCGAUCCUCACACAGGCCAAAUCGAACAGACGAGUAGAUUUUUUUAGCCUGUGGAAUUUGGAGAUAGCAUCGUGAACUACUGGUAAUAUAACAAAAUUCACAUGCUAAUUUCUCUGGGUUCUUUGAAGAUUGCGCAUUACUUGGAAAAUCGAAGGAAAACCCCUGGCGAGUUUCCCUCAGGGCGCUAUAAAACACGGGCGUGGAAACGGCAAUGACGCCCCUGAUCUAUGUGUGAUGCGCGGACCCCCCGUAGGUUUUCGAAUAUUGGAAAUUCUCAUUCGAAUAUCAACAUUUGAAGAGAAAGACACGGCAAGAGUUAAAAUAAGAAACAUGGUCAUGUUUGAAACUCAUUUGCAAAUGAACACCAAAACGAUUUACCUCUGGGAUGAACUAUAUGGAAUGAGAGGUUUAUUUACUUAAUGUUUAUGCUACAGUCAAGAGGGAAUAUUGUAAAGAAAAUGUGGUUUGUCUGGAACAGCCUGAAAAGGUCAGUGCACUGUUAAAGACAUAAAGUGGUUGAAACGAAUAUUUUUUCUAAAGAUACGGUUUUUCCUACGAGUCUAUAGCUUGGGACUAUCUUUUAGCGUCAUAGAGAACUGAAAAAAAUACAAGUCGAAAUAUUUUUUUCCGCGCUUCGUGUUUCAUGUGUGAUUUUAUGAGUAAAAAUCUCUGACAGUGCCGGUAAAAAGUCAUGUUUUAACAAAAAAGCCGGUCUCCUUUUUAAGAAAAAUCUAUUUUAAAUAGCUUUGACAACAACUGUGCCAAUUAUUAGGCAAAGUUUUUCAUCUAGGAAAAAAGAUACAAAUAAAAAUAUUUUUUCCGCGGUUUGAGUUUCAUGAGCAAACAUGUCAACAUUGACCUUGUCCUUUUGAGUGAGACCAUGGCCAAUCAAGCCAAAAAGCUGUGUUUUAACAAAAAAGCCGGUCUUCUUUAUAAUAAAAAUCGAAUUUCAAUAACUUUAUUAAUAACUGUGCAAAAUUUUAGGCCACGUUUUUCACCUAGGAAAAAAGAUACAAGUCGAAUCAUUUUUUCCGCGCUUCGUGUUUCAUAAGUAAAAAUGGCUGACAGUGCCUUCGUCGUUUCAUGUGAGACCAGGUCAAAACUAGGUGAAAAAAAUCAUGUUUUAACAAAAAAGCCGGUUUUCUUUUUAAUAAAAAUCGAUUUUCAAUAACUUUAUCAACAACUGUGCAAAUUUUUAGGCCAAGUUUUUCACCUAGGAAAAAAGAUAUAAAUAAAAAUAUUUUUUCUGCGGUUUGAGUUUCAUGGCCAAACACAUGGCUACAUUGACCUUGUCCUUUCGAGUGAGACCAUGGCCAAUCAAGCCGAAAAGUUGUAUUUUAACAAAAAAGCAGGUCUUCGUUUUAAUAAAAAUCGAUUUUCCAUAACUUUGUUAAUAAUUGUGCAAAAUUUCAGGCAAAGUUUUUCACCCAGGAAAAGGGAUACAAGUCGAAACAUUUUUUCCGCGCUUCCCGCAUACUAAAUUAAUGGCUAACAAUAACAGUCGUUUCAUGUACGACCAUGUCAAUACCAAGCCGAAAAACAAUGCCUGAUGGCAUUUUCUCACCUGACAAGAAAACCAUAAUUUCUCCUGUUUCAACUACCAUCUUUGGCUGGAUAUGGUCCCGCGGCUCAAUUCAUGCCUCUCCCCAUCGUAUAGCAGCCCUCUCUUCCUGCACCCCUCCAAAAACAGUGCGAGAUCUUCGCGCUUUCAUUGGAUCCUACAAAAUGCUCAGCCGUGUUAUUGAAGGUUCAGCUUCCAUCCUCGCCCCCCUCGAGAGUAUUACCGCCGGGAACCAAUGAAGCAGCCCUGUGGUUUGGUCUGAGACUCUUACAACCUCCUUCUACCACGCUCAAGAAGCACUUUCAUCCAACAAGUCCAUUGUGAUCCCAAAACCUGAAGACCUACUUUGGAUUGUUACUGACGGCUCUGUGAAGAUGAAUGGUCUCGGUGCCACACUCUAUGCCCUUCGUGACAACAAAUUGCUUCUUGCUGGUUUCUUCAGCGCAAAGACCAGAAAACAUCAAGUUACUUGGCUCCUCUGCGAAGUUGAAGCACUGUCCAUCGCGUCCGCCAUCAAACAUUUUGCUCCUUAUAUCAUCCAGUCCAAGUUCCAAACCUGUGUGCUGACCGACAGCAAACCAUGCGUCCAGUCUUUCGAGAAACUGUGCCGUGGCCAGUUCUCCGCCAGCCCACGUGUUACCACCUUCCUUUCCAUCGCCAGCCGAUACCAGAUAUCACUCCGCCACCUUUCUGGCUCUGCCAACUUGCCAUCCGACUUCGCAAGCCGCAACGCACCACCCUGUGAUGGCCCUCGUUGUCAGAUUUGUUCCUUCAUCUCUAAAGCUGACGACUCUGUGGUCCGCCCAAUUUCCGUCCAUGACGUUCUCUCUGGCGCUGUUACUCUUCCCUUGACCACUCGUUCUGCAUGGUUACAAACCCAACAAGAAUGUCCCGACCUACGCCGUGCCCACUCUCAUCUCAAGCAGGGUACCCGUCCAUCAAAGAAGUCCACCAAUAUUAAGGAUGUCAAGCGCUAUCUCAAUGCUGCCUCUCUGUCUAGAGAUGGUCUAGCGGUCGUUAGAAAAGAAGAGCCCUUUUCUCCUUCUCGCGAAUGUAUCAUCGUCCCACGCCCUAUCAUAGACGGCCUGCUUACGGCACUCCAUGUCAAACUUAACCACCCUUCUCGACACCAGCUCAAACAAGUCGUCCUUCGCUAUUUCUACGCAUUGGACCUUGAUAAAGCCCUAGACCGGUGCUCACAGUCAUGCCACAUUUGUGCCUCACUUAAGAAGAUUCCCAACUGUUUGAUUGAACAGUCCACAUCGGACCCUCCUGAUGCAGUUGGCCUCUCAUUUGCGGCCGAUGUAAUGAAGAGAAACAAACAGCUCAUCCUGGUCGUUCGCGAGACAGCUACUUCGUUUACCACGUCCUGCCUAAUAGAAAAUGAACGCCAUGAUACUCUCCGUGCUAGCCUCAUUUUCCUCUGCCUUGAGCUACGCCCAAUAUCUGGCCCAUGCGCAGUAAUCAGAGUCGAUCUAGCUCCCGGAUUUGCUUCCCUAUCCAACGACGAGGAAUUGCGACAACAUAAAAUUACCGUUGAGAUUGGCCGCGUAAAGAACGUGAACAAGAACCCCGUGACCGAGAAAUGCAUUGCCGAGCUAGGUGAUGAACUGUUGCGCGUCUCUCCAGAAGGUGGUACCGUCUCCCCUGUAACACUAGCGAUUGCCACGGCAAACCUGAAUACUCGUAUUCGUAACAGAGGUCUAUCUGCCCGUGAGAUGUGGUACCAGCGUGAUCAUUUCAACAAUUCGCGGCUUCCCAUCUCCGACCUACACCUAAUCAGAGAACAGCACUCUCACCGUAUACAUAAUCACCCUGCCAGUGAGAAGUCUAAAACCCCCAGUGGUCAACGCCGAGCAUCUCCCGCUCUUCAAGUUGGUGACCUAGUAUAUAUCACUUCAGAUAGCUGCAAAACUCGUGCACGAGAUCGAUACUUGGUUGUGUCAAUUGAUGGGUCGCGUGGUGUAAUGUACGCAAGUUUGCUGGUUCCCAACUCCGAUCCUCGCCAUAUCGCAUCAAGUUAUCAGAGUGCUUUCUUGUCACCAACAAUUUCACUGCUCCACCUCCAAGUCCUCGUCUCCACCAACCUCACAAGUCCACUCCAGCUGCUGAACCCAAGCCUCCCUGUCCACCUCGAGUCCCGGAACAGUUAUCCCUUCCACCUUACAACGAUGAUUGUGUUUUACCCUCAUCUCACACCACUUGUUUGCCUGGUCCUGAUUACAAAUGCUCCCCGUCUAACUCUUAUAAAGCUGACGAACUCACAACUAGUCUUCCUAGCUCCUGCCAGUCACCCUCCACCCCCGCU